AUGGCUGGGGAUUCGAUGGGUUGCUGGUCGUUGUCGACUCGUCUGGACGAGCCCGACGCGGUAGCAGGUCUCGGCUGUGGCCCUGUAGCGACAGAGGCUUCUGUUGAAUGCGCUACACGGGACUCCGUCAUGACCACUUCAAUUGUCGCCUCUGUGUUCGAUCAUGGUUUCGAGCAGGACUUCGCUUGUUGUCUUGGGAGUGCAGAAACCUGCCGUGUUUGGUGUUGUCCACGAGGCUUCGCCUGUCGCAUCGACAUCUGCGGCCGAGCGGGAGGGCGUCGCGCCGAUUCUCGCUGUGCUGUGGGCAGGAAGAGAAUAAUGCCUGCGUGGGAGACCACACACCAGACCACUACCCUGGCGCUUUUCCUCGGUUGUGAUGUUCGAUGCGAUGUCGUAUCAUUCGCAGAUCGCAGCUCAGUGAGGUGCGACGAGCGAUCAGACGCGGACCCGUUCCGAUGGGACAGCUGUGCAUAUGUCAGUACUUUCACUCGCCACGGCGUGUCAGGGCAGCACGAUCCUUCUCACAGUGCACAAGCGACAGAGCGAGCUCUCGAGAUCAUUGCACUCCACGGCGGCCAUGCCCGGGGAACUCUGCCCGCUCGUCCUGUAAAGGCAAUUUCUGAAAUCGAGAGCGGCAGCCUCCAGUCGCACGGCCCCCCAACCUGGGGAGCUGGUCCAAAGGUGGAGACUCUACCCGAUUAG